CUUCGACCCCGCGGUCACAUUCAACACAGAAGGAUGGCUUCAACAACACAGUUGCCCGGCCCCAUGGAGGUCAGUGAGCAUUCACUUGAUGCGCAGAACCUUCCUUCUCUCGAAUCUCGCAAGGCGCAAUUCGAACUCGGCAUUACCCUCGCCCUCUUCUUCUGGCCCUCACUCUCCCUCGCCGUCACCAACCAAUGGGGCGGUCCUGACAGCGCUGAAAAGCGCGAAUGGUUUGCGCAAACCACCAUCGAUCUCCUGAAUGAAAACCCCGACGCCGAUAGUGCUUGGAUCGAGGAGUUUCUGCUGCAGGUUAUGCUGGAUGAGUUCGAGGUCAAUGUGGAUGAUGAGAGCGGGUUUGAGGUUGCGGAGCAGAUCGUGAGGAUGAGGAAGGAUUGUGGGAGGGGCAAUUUUGAGGAGGUCAGGGCGAUGAAGGAGAGGUGGGAUCAGAGGGGUGGAAGGGACGUGCUGAGCGGUCAGUUCAAGGAACAGCAGAGAGCUGAAGAGGAGGACGAGACAGACGCUUCUGAGGACGAGGAUGACCAAGGUGAUGUGGACAUGGAUGAGGCGCCGCAGUUGGUAAGGGUGAAGGAGAAGGUAAUCCCGGAAGUAGACGAGGAAGGGUUCACGAAGGUCACGAAGAAGAAAAGAUGA